GUGGGACCUCCCGGGCUGAGGAAGAGCUGUGGCGGAGCUCUACCCGCUUUGAACCACGCUGUCUCGGAUUUGUGGAUCCUGGACUUUCGAAUCGAUUGGCUGAAGCGAGACGGUAUGGGCAUGUUUGAGGAGAGUGACUGGAAUGAUGAUAUAGAGGCCAGGGCUCUGACUGACGCCAUCUUCCACAGGCAGUCACCCUCUUGCUGUGUCAGUAAACAGAACAGCCAGAGUCGGAGGAGGAAGCGGGCGCUGCUGAAAACGCUGCGGAUCCUGAGGGCCGCGGGUACGGCCCGGUACGAGGAGAGCCCGGGGGCAGCGCGGCCUGAGCUGGAGCGUGGCCCCUCCGGGGAGCCCAGGCUCAGCAGGAGGAAGCGCUGGAGUCGAGGAGAGCAGGAGGUCGCCGCAGAGGGGCUAGGAGCAGAAGCAGCAGCUGAACUGUGGGGAGGGGGGGAGGAGUUGGGCCAGCAAGCAGGAGGGGAUGGGUCCAACAGCGUCCGGGGGACGAGGGCCGGAACGCUCACCCGGAAACAGUGGAGGAAUUGGAAGAAGAAUCAGCGCAGGAGCAAGAACAAGUUCCGGCCACUGGGAGCCGGGAACAGGGAGCAAGUGAGCGUCACUGCCCGUCCUGGAACACGGGAAGGAGGAGGGCAUGACGUGGCAGAGGGAGCGAGGUGCCAGGCCCCUCCAGGGAAGCGACAGAAGGAGGAGGGUGGCGAUGAGGGAGUGGGGUGUCGGGCCCCUCCAGGGAAGGUGAAGAGACAGAAGGAGGAGGGUGGGAAGGACCCUGCUGCCCCCCAAAACCAAGGGGUGGGGGUUAACGAUGGGGCAGGGGGAGCAGUAGCUCGGCCUCCUCCCGGGAAGAGGAAGGGGAAGGGUAAGAGUGGGAAGGCGUCGGGGGGAGAGGCUGUGGAUGGGGACCAGCUACAAGGGAGCUCACCCGGGGACCGCUCCAGCGCCCUGAGGGAUCGGAUGCAGCGACGGCUGAGGGCUGCUGGUUUCCGACUCCUCAACCAGCAGCUGUACACGACGAGCAGUGCAGACGCCCAGCGGCUGUUCGAACAGGACCCCAGUGCCUUUCACCUCUACCACCACGGCUUCACCGCCCAACUGGAGCGGUGGCCCGAAAAUCCGGUGCAGCGCAUCAUCCAGUACAUCAAACACAGGCCACGCUCUGCCAUUGUGGCUGACUUCGGCUGUGGAGACUGUAAGAUCGCCCGGAGUGUGGGCAACACGGUACACUCAUUCGACCUGGUGGCGCUCAACGACCUUGUGACUGCCUGUGACAUGUCGAAGGUUCCCCUCGCCGAUGCGUCAGUGGACAUUGUGGUCUUCUGCCUCUCCCUGAUGGGCACCAACCUGGUGGAUUUUCUGAUGGAGGCCAACCGUGUUCUGCGAGUGGGGGGAAUUCUGAAGAUCGCAGAAGUGGCCAGCAGAUUUGAAGAUAUUCGGAAUUUUGUCAGUGUUCUGGCACGUCUCGGCUUUAAGCUGCUUUCAAAGGACACGGAGAACCGCUACUUCUACAUGUUUGACUUUGAGAAGACCCGGUCGCCCAGUGAGGGAAGUACUCUCCCUCAGCUCCAGCUCAAGCCCUGCCUCUACAAGAAGCGCUGAGACACGUCAAAGGGCCAACGACCAUCAGGGGCAACUAGCCAGGCUGGCUGAACAGGAGAGGGACUCGGGUCGUAUAGAAACCGGACUGCAGGAGAAGAAAUCUCAUCUGAGAUAUUUAGUGCCUUAUGUGCUGGCUGAUGGAGGAGUGAGUGUGUGAGGCUGUGGCCUUACACAAUCCCUGCAGUCUGUGGUUGUGAAUGAUUUAAGCACUUUGUGUGAAUCUGAAUCAGGCCUGAACCCAUGCAUCUGGAGGUCAAACCCACCCCGCAUGUAGCCUCUCUUCCUCCCUCUCCCUCCUCUCAUUCCUCUUCCCCCCUCUCUUCCCCCCUUCCCCCCUCUCCUCCCCCUCUUCCCCCCUCACCCUCACGCGCUCUCUGCCCUCAGCCCUCAGCCCUCACUCUCGCUCUCUCAGAUAUACACACGGACAGCAAAUGCAGGAGAUACAGGAGGAAGUUGGUUCUGAGGUAGCCUGUGAAACCCAGGGAAGGGGUUUUGGGGGCAGGUUUCGUGUCCCUCUGUUGCAGGAGAGGAGAGGAGAUGAGGAAGGAGCGUUGCCUGUGUUUCGGGAUCUGGGCAUCACUGACAGCUGACGUUAUCCAUCUAUUCUGUAUUUCCCUGCGGUCCGUGUGACAAAGGUGCUCCUCACAGGUCCCUGUUGAAUCUGGAAGACAGACAGAGCCGUUCAGCCCCCUGCGGAACGUGCCCCACGGUGCUGUUGGGAGAGAGUUUCAGGGUUUACAACUUGUGAUGGUGAAACAGUGGACAGACUGUACUGCGUAAUGGGAGCACAGGGGUUGUAUCUCCUGAGUCACAAUCCUCCAGAAAGCAGUCAUCCCAGCCCGUGUCAACAAACAUAAGUUCAAAAGUGAAUAACGGGGAGACACGAGAUGACAGAUGCUGCAACCUGGAGUGGGGGGAAAGAUGGAGGAGACAGGAACUGCUGGAUGCCGUCAGUGGGUCGGGCAGUGUCUGAGGGGGAAGGAGGGAGGAAUUGUCAGUGUUUCGGGUUGUUCCAAGGUAGCACGGUGCUAAUACUGAUCGGGGCAGAGUUGGGAGUUUGUACGAGAGCUGUGGUUUAUCCUGCAGUCCAGUGACGUACCAGUUAGGUGGUUUGGUCGUUGUAAGUUGUCCCGUGAUUAUGCGGGGUUUAAUCGCUGGGUUGGCUCAUUGUACCAGAAGGGACUGUUCCACACUGUAUCUCGAAAUACAUUUUAAAAGAACACAAACUGAAUUUUCUCCACAGGUGCUGCUGAACCUGCUCAAUUCCUCCAGCAGCUCACUUUGUAUAGUUUAAAAAAAAUAAAUUUUG